UUGUUGGAACAGACCUCUAGUUUACUAGUCUGUGAUAUCUAAUUUUUUUGUUCUGUGGUGGUAUUUAACCAAAAAUUUAUUGUUUACGGACGGGUAGUUUAUGGGUUUUACAUUUGCUCCAAGAAAUUUUAAUGUAUUAAUUCCAUACAUAAUAUAAAAUAAAACAACUAUCAUUUUUCGCUUCUACUUAAAUUUGGAAGUAAUUUGAAAUAUUUAAAAUGGCAGGAGUUGAACUUAUUAUUGAAGAAAAGAAGGAGGAUGCAGUAGACAGACAGAAGGUGUGUCCAUUUCUUUUGCGGGUAUUCGUAUCAUCUACAGGCCAUCAUCACAAAUCGUCAGAAUUUAAUAAAGGGAACACGCCUCAAAAUGAACUUCAGAUAUAUACAUGGUUGGAUGCCACACUACACGAAUUGACACAGUUGGUCAAAGAGGUUAAUCCGGAAGCAAGGAGGAAGGGCACCAAAUUUAGUUUCGCAUUUGUUUUUCCUGAUCUGAGGCAAUCAAUGUACCGCAUCAGGGAGGUAGGGACAACAACCACUGGUAUCAAAGGUCCGGACGAUUUAAAAACCCUCGGCCAGCUUAGAAUAAACAUUGGAGAUUAUAUGGAUAUUGCCAUAACUCCACCAGAUACUUGGAAUUCUGGAAGGAAAGGAUAUUCGAAUAAUUAUAAUAGCCAUAGGUCGAGACCGUAUUAAAAUAGUUUAAGUAUUUUUUGGUGUUUGUUAUAUUUCAUAGGUUUCUUAACUAGUUUCAUGUAGAUUUUACGAUUUAUAAAAAUUAAUAAAUAAUUCUUGUGGAUUUCUAA